AGGCGGUGCCGGCCGCCCGCCGGUGUCGUGAGCGCGGUCUGAGUGCACUGCCCGGCGGAGGCGGGGCGGCUCGCCAUCUCCUCCGACUACCUGGCAAGGCCCAGCUGGGCGGGCGGGCGAGCGAGGCCGCGGCCCCGUUGUUCCCCUGGCCCACACCCGGCGCUGAGGAGCGUCGCUCCGCGCCCAACAUGGCGGGCGGGCGCUGCGGCCCACUGCUGACGGCGCUCCUGGCCAUCUGGGUCGCGGGAUUGGCGGCGACCGAGGGCUCCGAGCAGGCCGCGCCGCCGGCGGAGCAAAGUCGGGUCCAGCCCAUGACCGCCUCCAACUGGACACUGGUGAUGGAAGGCGAGUGGAUGCUGAAAUUUUAUGCCCCAUGGUGUCCAUCCUGCCAGCAGACUGAUUCUGAAUGGGAGACUUUUGCAAAGAAUGGCGAAACACUUCAAAUCAGUGUGGGGAAGGUAGAUGUUAUUCAAGAACCAGGUUUGAGUGGCCGUUUCUUUGUCACCACUCUCCCUGCAUUUUUUCAUGCAAAGGAUGGGAUAUUCCGCCGUUACCGUGGACCAGGAAUCUUUGAAGACCUGCAGAAUUACAUCUUAGAGAAGAAAUGGCAAUCAGUUGAGCCUCUGACUGGCUGGAAAUCUCCAGCUUCUCUAACGAUGUCUGGAAUGGCUGGUCUUUUUAGCAUCUCUGGCAAGAUAUGGCAUCUUCACAACUAUUUCACAGUGACCCUUGGAAUUCCUUCUUGGUGUUCUUAUGUCUUUUUUGUCAUUGCCACUUUGCUUUUUGGCCUCCUCAUGGGUCUGGUCUUGGUGAUAAUAUCAGAAUGUUUCUAUGUGCCACUUCCAAGGAAUUUAUCUGAACAUUCUGAGCAGAAUCGGAAGUCUGAGGACGCUCACAGGGCUGAACAGUUGCAGGAUGCAGAGGAGGAAAAAGAUGAUUCAAAUGAAGAAGAAAACAAGGACAGCCUUGUAGAUGAUGAAGAAGAGAAAGAAGACCUGGGCGAUGAGGAUGAAGCAGAGGAGGAAGAGGAAGAAGACAAUCUGACAGGUGGUGUGGAUGAGGCGAGAAGUGAAGUCAAUGACCAAGGGCCCCUGAGAGAGGGCACUGUGACCCAGGAAGAACCUGAGGAGGCUGAAGAAGACAUCCCUGAGCAGCCCCAUUCAGCUGACACAGAGGUGGCAGAAGACUCACUGAGGCAGCGCAAGAGUCAGAAUGUCAGUAAGGGGCCAUAGACAGGAUCAGUGAUGCAGUUUCCAACAGUGCAGGCCAAAAGAAAAUGUCAUCUUCCCUCUGGUUUGCCGUUUAAACCAAAUCCUUAAUUUUUCCUGACUGAGCAAGAUUCUCCCUUAAACGAUGAUCUCUAGUGGUAUGGUGUCAUAGGUGUAGGCCUCAUGUACCCUAAGGACAAUCUUUUCGGUCGUGACAAUCAGGAGACAAAAACAACAUGGUGUUAAGAUCUGUUUGGGGGACUUGAAUGGGAACAAGUUCAUUUACUUGGGGCUAGAGAGUCUUAACCAGAAGAGGCAAACCCCAACCCUCAUUAGUACCUUCUAGAGCAAAAGCUACAGAUCCAUAAAAUGAAGGCAAAGCAGCCUUUACUUCUGAACAUCCUCAAAGAAUAGCAGAAGUCUUGCUUCCUUUCAUGUGUUAACUAUUUAUUUUGUGAAACUAAGAAACAUCAGGUACCACAGUGCACAAUACUUGUUUAGAGAUAGAAAUUGAGAGGGCCCUGGAUACAGUUUUAGAAAAGAACUUGGAAAUAUGCCAGCUCUCUACUCCUUUGUUAUACUUUAUUUCUCAUUUUUAAUUUCUUCAGUUUUUCCACUAUGAGCCUACAGAUUCCCCACACUCUUCACAAUUAUUUCUCAGUGAGUGAACUCAGCAGCCAGGUCUACUUCCACCAUGUUUAUUGUCCUUGAAGGUUCAGAUAAUCAGUAACCACAACCCAUAAAGCCCUGACUGCCAAGUAUCUCAAAUGAAAUGUUGUAACCUUUGGAAUUUGAAAAGGAAGUAGGGAUUUUACAGGAUAGAUUUUAAAACAUUUUUUGGGCCAACCUGUAGUACUUUUCUUUUUUCAAAAAGUUUCUUUAGCAAUGCUUUUUAUUUUUUUGAAGCCAGAAGUGAUCUAAGCCCUGCCAGUACAAGGUAGCCUUGUGAAGAAAACUUGAAUACUGUGUCGUUUUGUUUCCAUCUCAGGGGGUUCCCUGGCUCUUGAAACACUUUAAUAAUAACUGGAAAACCAUUUCUAGUUUUCCUUCACUGAUGUGCUUUUGGUGAAAAAAUUAAUGAAAGUCAAUAUCAGGAAGUGAAAGAUUUGAUUUUGUUUCCAUCUUCCUUAAUCUUCUAGAGAAUUGUAUCUUUGUAAAUCUCUCACUACUCAAUCUACUGUAAGUACCCAGGGAACCCAGUUUCUCUUAAAAAUCCAUCCAUCUACUUCUCUCUUACCUGAUUUAUGUCUUAGAAUAAAUUCAUAAAAUUAGAUUCCAAGCAUAUGAAAGAUGCUUAAAGUCAAUCUUAUACCCCUUGGGUCCAGACAGAAUAAUGAACACAGGUUUAUGAAAUUCAAAAAGUUUCUGUCAUCUUUAAAAAGGAAAUGCAGUGUAUUUCUGUCUGACUGUUUAGAUAACCCUUGCCUUGUAUUAACUGUGAACACGGGGUUCACUGGUGGGGGAGGUUCUGAAACUCUUUGCCCUCCUGUGGUUGAUUGAGGCUGCUGCAAACCUUGCACAAAGAAGGUUUUUAUUCUGAUAAUUGAUUUUCAGAGAUGGUUAUUUUUCAUCUUUCCAACUCAGCUCACAGUCUCCUCCCCUACUAUUUUGAAGUUGUUAAAAGUAGCUGGUACUUGUGCUCUUCAGACCAUCACAGAAGUAAUAUACUGGGAGGGAGAACUUUGUCCUGACCUGUGCCUAUUUUCUCCCCUCCCUCCAGUUCCUGCCCCUCUGAUACACCUUCACCCAAAGUACCAUGGUUCUUAUGGGGGCAGUUCCCACUCCCUGACACCAGGAUGCUUUUCUGGAUCCUCUCAAACUAGGCUGUGCCUGUCCUUCUGUCACUGGAUUAGGUUCUUUUACAAUCAACUGAAGCAAAGAUCUCAAAGAAUAGUGAGUUCAAGUUCAGAGUUAUGAAAUAAGAAAAGUUUCAUAGUUUGGCUCUUCUAUAUAAUGCCCAUCCCCAAGUAGAAUUUUUUUUUUUUUUAAGUGGAAUAUUUAACUAGAGGGAAAGACAUGAGGAAGGAAACACAACCUUGUUUUUUGUUGUUAUUUUUUUAAAGUGUAAGCCCAAUUUAUAGCUGGACCCCAAAUAAAAUCUAAUUACAUAAUAAGAAAACAUAUAUUUUCUUUUUAAAAAAUGGAGAGUGGGAAGAAAAACAUUUUGGAAAGAGGAUCCAGUAAAAAUUUAAGUAUCUGUCUGUAGGAACCAGUUUUCCUGCUUUUCCCUUUUUUAACCUCCUGGCAAAAGAUAGCUUUUCUAGUAAACGGCCCGAUAGGUACACAUCUAAUUUAUUAUCUUUCUGCUUAAAUUUCGAGGUUUGUUUUUCAAUACUUAAUAUAAAACAAAAGAAAAACAUCAACCCAAUCUUAAAAUUAGAUCAGCAUUUCAAUUGAACUUUGUGGAUUUUUCCUAUAGAUAAUAUAUUUAAUCCAGGAAUUAAAUGCAUGGAAAACAUAAUUUUGGCUUAAAAAAACUUAGUCAUUUGUUAUUGGUUAUUUAAUUACACAAUAGUAUUUUAUGUUAAUUCAAAUUAAGAGAAUGAAGUAAAAGUAAUGAUUGUGGAGUUCCAGUAUAUAGCACCUUAUGUGCAGGUAGUUGGAGCAGGGUGCCUUGUCACUGAUUAGAAGGAAUAUGCGAAACUUCUAGUUACCCUUUUGUUGAUUUAUUAUUCAUCUGCUAGAGCUGCUAAAACAAGCCCACUUGCUUAGAGAUCUCAUUGAAGCAAUGACAGGCAAUGCCACUUUCUUUCCCUUUGAAGUAUGAUAAUUGAAUGGGUGAGGAGGGACAGUCCUGUUCAAUUCACAGGGCAUUGCACUGUGUGGCACAUACUUGCAACCUCAUUUUGUGAAUAUGAUCCCUGUUAGCUAAAAAUAACUACACAUAACUACCUAUAAAAAGUAAAUAGGCUUUAGACAGGUUGGCUUUUGACAGCUAUGAAAGCCACAUUUUGAUUUUUUAUGACCCCAAACCCUGUUGAUAAUUUGGAGUUUGUUACAUGAUUUGAGUGCAUGUAAGUUUGCAGACCUACAUCCUGUACCUCCUUUGGGGUAGAUGAUAAAAAUGCUAUAUAAGGGAAAACUUGUCCCCUGACUUUAUUAGCAAGUCUUUUGGGACUUGAGCUGGUUAUGUUGCUUUACAGGAUGGGAAACAUUAAAGGAUCCAAAGUAAAAUAUAAAGGUAGAAAAGGGUAAAUUUCAGUGUAAAAUCUUCAGCAUGAAGUGAGAGAAAGAAGGGGUGCUGGUGCUUUUCAUAGUGUUUAGCAGUAGGUCCUUCAUCUCAGUGUUGCAGUGUUAUUUCUUCCAGUAUUAUAUGUGUAUGGUGAACCCAUCCUGUCGAAUAUAUCAACGUUUUGGACGGUGUUCAUGUAAAUCUUUUGUGCCAACAAAAAAGUUCUUCUUGUGUAGUAUCUCUUUACCUCAGUCUUACAUUUUGAUUCUCUUGAGAAGAUUAUAGCUUGUCUUGCAGAAGCCAAAAGUAGAGUCAUCAAAUCUGAUGAAACCUGAUGGGGCUGUUGAGAACAGCUUUCUGGAAGCAGCAGAGGUUCCGUUGAAACUUUGAAAGCUUCAGCCCAGGACAUGGCCUUCAGAUGGCUUAUUCUCAGUAAAGUUUUAUGUAGACUGUGAUGCUAUAUAUAUGUGACAUGUAAAACUAUGACAUGUUUUCAGUAUAGUUAGAUCAUAUUUGUUAGUAGAUGCCUUCUUUGUGGAAAUGCAUUUUUUAUACUAAAUACACUGCUUAUUUGUACUGUCAUGCAUUACAAAUUUGUUAUGUAUAUUCUCUGUAAUAGUCUUGAUUAUUUAGCCCUGUUUAGUUUUCUCUUUAUCCAUGUGUUCUUUACUUCCUUAAAAAGCAUCUUUGGCAAGUGAAAAGAGAAAUCAAGAUAUUGUUUCAUGCAGUACAUUGCCUGAAUUAUAGAUCAUCUGAUCACAGAAUUGUAUAUAAUUCUUGAUCCUAUAUGGUUUCAUUUUAUUGUAAAUUUCCAUUUAUGUCAAAACCCACGUGAUGACUACAUAGAAGCAAAAUGGUGUAUUGCUUUUCAUAUAAGUAUUUUCACAAAAACCAUUUGCCUAGGCAGUUAAAAAUAUUACUUUGUUAAAAAAAAAUUGCCUGUGUUUGUUAUCUGUCUGUUCAUUCCCCACCUCUCCCUCUCCGACUUGGUAAAACCCAAAUUGUGAGCCCUUUAGCUGCUCAAGGACAAGUUCAGUGGUCCAAGAGCUCCUCCUCAUCAUAGCCAAUUGUAUUGCCUGUACCAAAUCAUUGCACUCACCUCCCAGGUUCACUUUGUCCUGAGGUCUGGGGGUGACAGGACUGGAGCCGAUGGCAAAUGAUGCUGCUCUUCUUCCAAGACACUGUGAACUGACCUGGUCUCCUAAAUAAGACAUUUGGAAAACUCUAUUCUACACUUGGCUCUCUCAUCAUUAUUUCAGUGGAAAAGCACAAAGGAGGGGAGACAAUUUUUUAACACUUUCAGAUCCUGAUGUAAAGGAAGAUUUGAUUUUUCUCUUGGAAGAUGGUAGUAGGAUAUGUAGUAAAGUUAUUAGAUUGGUGUGCCUCUAAGUCCCUCCCUCAGAGUAACUAACUCUUAAUCUUAUUUGCUCAUACAGAGAAAUAUGUCUGGUAGCUUUGUCUCAAUCUAUAUAAAGUUAGUUAUCCUUGGUAGAUUCUUUGCUAAACCAGCAAGAUAGAUUUUGGCCCUUAUUUUCUUUUUGAUGAGAAAGUGAUGAAUUCAGUUUCUCACUAGUCUUUACAUCAGUGUUUUCUCCUAUUUCAAUAUCUGAUACCCUACAGUAAUUUGUAGACUUAAGUAUUUCUAAAUGUGAUUCUGGUUAGUUGACAUUUGAUUAAUCAUGUUAACUUAAACAUUAUCCUUUGGAAAAUCUUCAUCAGAAUUCAUUGUGUACUACUGUCACUAAUGGAGCCCUUUUCUAAAAUUAUUUGUUGUAGUUACUUAGGUAGAGGCCAUAGGAUAGAGAAUAUUUGUGUCCCAGGACAAUCUUCUGUGUUUACAAAAUUACUGAGCUGUUAUUCUAUGGGAUUGCUCUUCAAACAACUUCUCUAUGCAUAGGUUCUGAGCAUGAAUCUCAGUCUAAUAAAUAGC